AGUCUGAUAAUUAUUACAGCAUUACGGUAUUCAUACAAAUAAGCGCCCAUGCAUUUCUACUGACACAAAUUGUAACAUAAGAAUAGUUCUAGGUAAAAACCUUGGUGCGACAAUGGAUGUACAGACAGUAUACCUGGUUAUCCUCCUGUUUCCGGUUUUGUUCUAUACCAGCUUACAGUUGCAGUUUCCAUGGGCGACACCAGCCCAAGACGCCACGGAAUCUUCCGCGUCCGUAUAUGAUCUAAAACUUCCAGAUGUUCCAGGUGAUCGCGUACAAGAAUUUCUUAAUUUGACUGUGGCUGGAGUCGAUUAUCCCAUAUUUGAGCACAUACCGGAAACCAAUUUUUCAUGUACUAAAGUGGAACAGCCUGGAUUCUAUGCGGAUCCAGAAACAGGAUGCCAAGUCUACCAUCGAUGUGAUCCGCAAGGAAAAAAGUUUAGCUUCCUGUGUGCAAACCUGACAAUUUUUGAUCAGCUGCUGCUAACCUGUGACUUCUUUUGGAAAGUUCAGUGCAAAAAUGCCGUUGGAUUUUACAACUAUGCCAAUGUGCAUCUAUACAGUCAGGAUGAACUGUUACAGUCUCCAUUUCAUGAUCAAGGAAGUGGACGUUGAGUUCCUCGAAAUAUGUAUCUAUCCGCAUAAAACAGUAACUUACCGGUUUGCUCAAAGUUACAGUUUCUGAGACAACAUUAAAUUCUGUCUACUAGAUUUGCCUACUAUAAUAUGUUGUCAUUUUUACAGAGUAUGUACAGAUAUACAAAAGCACAACAGCGGUGUAAUUAAAUUUGCUGUGUUAAUCAGGCGAAGUCUGACUUUCUGUAACCUGUGACCAUGUAUGCCUCACGAUGCUCGAUUUUUACGAACAAUAUCAUAGAUG